AUAAAGUUAGCAGAUAUGGAGGAUCACCAGAAGUACGAAAUAUUCGGAUAUGUCUUUGAGUUGCCACCAAAGUACGAACCCAUCAAGAUGAUAGGCAAGGGAACAUAUGGAGCAGUUGUAUCAGCAACCAAUAAGGAGGAAGAUAAAGGAGUUGCUAUUAAGAAAUUGUCAAAGAUUGAAGAUAUUAUUGAUGCAAAGAGAGUUCUUAGAGAGAUCAUUAUCAUGAAGAACUUGAAGCACGAGAACAUUCUUGGUCUCCUUGAUGUAGUCUAUGUGUCCAAAGAGGAUGAAAUUUUGGGAGACAUUUAUCUCGUCACAGAGCUCAUGGAGACCGAUUUGAACAGAGUCUUGAGAUCAAAACAGGAGCUAACAGAUGAGCACAUUGCUUACUUUACUUAUCAGAUUUUGAGAGCCUUUAAGUUUAUCCACUCUGCUAAGGUUAUCCACAGAGAUCUCAAGCCAAGUAAUAUUUUAUUGACAGAAAGCUGUGACUUAAAGCUUUGCGAUUUCGGACUCUCAAGAAAUUUGUCUAUUCAAAAGCAGGAGGAUCUCACUGAGUAUGUGGUCACAAGAUUCUACAGAGCUCCAGAGAUUAUGCUCUCUUCCCACUCCUAUUCCAACUCUGUUGAUACAUGGUCCAUUGGAUGCACUCUUGGAGAAAUUAUCAACAAUGGUAAAGUUCUAUUCCCAGGUGAGAACUAUAUUGAACAAGUUAAUCUUAUUAUUGAUAAGAGAGGUACCCCAGACGAAGAGACUAUGAAAUCAAUUUCUAAUGAGAACGCUAAGAAAUAUAUUGAAAGUCUUGGUACUAAGGAUAAGCUUCCAAUGGAUGAGUUGGUACCUUUCAACAAUUCUGAUGCUCAAGACUUAAUCGAUAAACUUCUAGACUUGAACCCUAGUACAAGAAUUACCGUAGAUGAAGCUUUAAAGCAUCCUUAUCUUGCCAACCUCCACGACCCAGAUGACGAGCCUGUAUUCGAAGGAGAUAUCGACUUUAGCUUCGAAGGAAAUGCUGAUCUCACUCUCGAAGACGUCAAAAAGCUAAUCCUCUCAGAAAUCUCCUCCUACAACAGUGCUUACUAUGACCUCUUAUAGUCCAAUAUCAAUCCAAUACAAAAUUUCCCACUU